AAAAUUAUUCGCAAAUUGUAAUUUUCGCUCGCUUGGUUUCUAGAUUAAUUUAUGUUUUUAAAUAAUUAAAUUGAAAUAAAAGCAUGUCCGCGGAGUCUUCAGCCAUGGACUGUGCCGAGAGCAGUGUAAACCAAGUGGAGGUUGUGCCAGAGGCACUUGUGGAGGAAGAAAAACAAGCCGGGUCGCCGGCGGUAGGAGCAAAAAGUGCAGAUUCUACUGUGCCGGCGGAAAUUGAAGGAAAAGUUGCAGAGGAUGUGGAAAUGCAGGACCUGACCCUCGAGGAUCUAGCUCCCAGUGGCCCAACGGAGGCAGCCGCAUCAGUCACUGAAAAGCCAAAAGAGGAGGCCAAGGAAGUGGAGGAAAUUAAGGAGGGGGGCAAGGAUGCCAAGGAGGCUACGGAAAGUAUCAGUAUCGAUAUUGCCAGCAGUCCAGUGCCGGAGGAUGAACCACAAGAUGCAGAAAAAGAUACCGAUAAGCCUCCUCUGGAAGUGGAUUCGGACAGCAGUGUGGAGCUCAUCGAGAGUCCUGUUAAGUCCCCCUCCUCCAACGAAAGUGCGGGAGAUCAGCCCAAAUCAGAUGAUGUGGAUGCAGGUACAGAACCCAAGGCCAAGGAGGCUGAGGACCUGGCUGACAGCAGCAUCGAACUGAUCAGCAGUCCCACAUCAGAGAGUUCUCCCGAAAAAGAUGGAGAAACCAAGGAGCAGGGGGAUCAGAAGGAGAAUCAAGAGGAGCAGGAGCCCAAGGAGAAAACAGAAGCUCCUAUCAUGGAAGUAGACCAGGAGGUUCCUAUUAAACCCACCACAUAUCAAUCUGGCGAUACAGCUGGAGAGGAUGAGUCCAAAAAAUCCACUCCCAUGGAAAUCGAACCGCAAUCCAGUGCACUCAAAAAAGAUGACAUUCUAGAGGUGGAGCUAGAGAAGGCCACUGCUCCAAAAGCCCCAGAGGAAGAGCUGCUAAAUGAGCUUCCUUCGGAUGGAGACAUCUUCUACGGCAAGGACUGUGUCAACUGCAACUGCCAGAAGCUUCACAAGCAGUUCGUGCUGACCAGCAUGGGAACACUGAAUUUCUACAAGGUGCAGCGAAAGAGAUCCAAGCAGCAGUUCCUCUGCAUGGGAUGCCACGACACCGCCAUGGACUUGUAUGAGGAGUAUGCAGGCCAUUUGGUGGAAAAACAGCCGUUGCUGCUGAAGGAUUUUCAACAGGAUCACGCCGACUUUGUGGCUCUGGACAGCAGCGACGAUGAGGAGGAUGAGAAACAGCCAGAUCAAUCGGAAUUGUCUAAAAACCAGCUGCGGUUGAUUGAGGAUGAGCUGGAGGAUGCCAUCAAUAGUGUGCUGAACAGAGUGGAGUUUCAAAACCAGAUUUCCUGGUCCAAGACUAUUCUCCAGGCCAAGGCGGACCACUUGGAGCAACAGAUGGCACUGGCAGAUGCGGAACUCGAAAAGGUCCAGAGCACCGCGGACAAGAUGCACUGCGCCCUGUACAAUUCCUGCCCGGUGGUUCACAAAAAUCUGCCCGCUCUCGAGAUCGAGACUAGUGUGAGUGACUUUGUGCAACAAGUGCCGCCAGCUGGCGAAAUAGUACGUCCGCCAAUCCAAUUGGGCGAGACCUACUACGCUGUGAAGAACAAAGCCAUCGCCAGCUGGGUGUCCAUCAAGGUGAUCGAGUUUUCCGAGAGCACCUCCAUCAACGGCAACACCAUGAAGAGCUACAAGAUCAGGUACCUUAACACGCCGUACCAGAUGAUGAAGACGGUGACGGCAAAGCACAUUGCCUACUUUGAGCCACCGCCAGUGCGGCUGACCAUUGGUACUCGUGUAAUCGCUUUCUUCGACGGCACCACUUUAUCGCGGGGCAAGGAGAAAGGCGUGGUGCAGAGCGCCUUCUAUCCAGGCAUCAUCGCCGAACCGCUGAAGCAGGCAAACCGCUUCCGCUACCUCAUAUUCUACGAUGAUGGCUACACACAGUAUGUGCCACAUCGGGAUGUUCGCCUCGUUUGCCAGGCAUCCGAGAAGGUGUGGGAGGACGUACACGCCGGUUCACGGGAUUUCAUCCAGAAGUAUGUGGAGAAAUACUCCGUGGAUCGGCCUAUGGUGCAGUGCACACGCGGUCAGAGCAUGAACACCGAGUCGAACGGCACCUGGCUGUACGCCCGAGUCAUCGACAUCGACUGCAGCUUGGUUCUGAUGCAGUUCGAGGGCGACAAGAACCACACGGAGUGGAUCUACAGGGGUUCCUUGCGCUUGGGCCCCGUCUUCAAGGAAACCCAGAACACCAUGAACAGUUCCAGCUCACAGCAGAUGCGUGUUCCUAGGCGCACGGAGCCCUUCAUCCGCUACACCAAGGAGAUGGAGUCCAGCAGCCAGGUGAACCAGGAGAUGCGGGCCAUUGCCCGUAAGAGCAGCUCCUCCGGGCAGAAUGUGGCAUCCGCAACACCCGCAUCCUCCCCAGCCACCUCCACGGGAGGACGCAGUACGGCCAGUACUAGCGCCAGUUCCAGUGCCAGUGCCGUGAAGCACCUCAACAACUCUACCAUAUACGUGGACGAUGAGAACAGACCCAAGGGCCAUGUGGUGUACUUCACCGCCAAGCGGAAUCUGCCUCCCAAAAUGUACAAGAGCCACGAGUGCAACCCCAACUGCCUGUUUAAGAUCGUGCACCGCCUCGAUAGCUACAGUCCUCUGGCUAAGCCCCUGCUCUCCGGUUGGGAGCGACUUGUAAUGCGCCAGAAGACGAAGAAGUGCGUGGUGUACAGGGGACCGUGUGGCAAGAGUUUGCGCAACCUGGCCGAGGUUCACAUGUAUCUGCGUUCCACCGAGAACGUGCUAAACGUGGACAAUUUUGACUUUACGCCCGAUUUAAAGUGUCUGGCAGAGUAUUCUAUCGACCCCUCCAUCGUGAAAGACCAGGACAUAUCAAAGGGGCAGGAAAAGAUGGCCAUUCCGCUGGUAAACUACUACGACAACACACUGCCGCCACCCUGCACCUACGCCAAGCAGCGCAUCCCCACGGAGGGGGUGCACUUGAAUCUGGACGAAGAGUUCCUGCUGUGCUGCGACUGCGAGGAUGACUGCUCGGACAAAUCCAGAUGCGCCUGCUGGCAGCUCACCGUGGCGGGCGUGAGGUACUGCAACCCAAAGAAGCCCAUCGAGGAGAUCGGCUACCAGUACAAGCGGCUCCACGAGCACGUGCCCACUGGCAUCUACGAGUGCAACUCGCGCUGCAAGUGCAAGAAGAACUGUCUUAACAGGGUGGUCCAGUUCUCGCUGGAGAUGAAGCUGCAGGUGUUCAAGACCUCCAAUCGGGGAUGGGGCCUGCGCUGCGUGAACGACAUCCCCAAGGGCGCCUUCAUCUGCAUCUACGCCGGCCAUCUGCUCACAGAGACGAUGGCCAACGAGGGCGGCCAGGACGCCGGUGACGAAUACUUUGCAGAUUUGGAUUACAUCGAGGUGGCGGAACAACUCAAGGAGGGAUACGAGUCGGAGGUGGACCACUCUGAGCCAGACCCGGAGGACGACAAUGGCGGGCCCGAUGCCGAGGACGACGACGACUUUCGGCCAAACUACCACUACCAGCGCAAGAUCAAGCGUACCUCCAGGAGCAACUCCACGCAGAGCAGCGAGUUGGACUCGCAGGAGCGGACGGUGAUCAACUUCAACCCCAACGCCGAUCUUGAUGAGACGGUGCGUGAGAACUCGGUGCGGAGGCUUUUUGGAAAGGACGAGGCGCCGUAUAUCAUGGAUGCCAAGACGACCGGCAACCUGGGACGCUACUUCAAUCACUCUUGCAACCCUAAUCUCUUCGUGCAGAACGUGUUUGUGGACACCCAUGACCUGCGAUUCCCCUGGGUGGCAUUCUUCUCGGCCUCGCACAUCCGCUCCGGCACCGAGCUGACAUGGAACUACAACUACGAGGUGGGCGUGGUGCCCGGAAAGGUGCUGUAUUGCCAGUGCGGCGCCCCCAACUGUCGCAUUCGUUUGCUCUAAGUCCAAAACUAAGUUUAAUCUCAAAGUGAAAGUUCCCCAUUAAAAACCAUUUGAAAUCCAA